AUACGUCAGUUACUUUACUCGAAGUUGAUUGUCUUUCGUCACAAAUGUCGCCAAUCAUGGAGGAAAUUCUUUCCGAUUCCAACAGCGUUCUUACUUCAGACGAGCCAUUAUCUAAUCCGGCUACGUCUUCCGAACGAUCCACAAUUUCCCCUUUUCAUACCGUCAAAAACGGCAAGAGACCAUAUAGUAGUAUCAGUCUGCCAAAAGAAGAUCCUUCGGAGGAAGAAGAGUUAGACCAACCAGACAUUCGUAUGAACUCUGAUCAUUUGGAUCAUAAUGAAUCCAUAGUUUCAAGAAAUGACAUCUCCGCAAUUCCAGACGAUAAAGAAUAUUCAGGCUACCGGCGCAAGUAUGGAAAUGAAGGCACCGAACCGUUUUUGGAUAAUCUUGCUUCUACAAUGGGUGAUGAUCCGGGUUUUAUGCUUAGUUCAAUCCAGUGUGUAAAACUGUGCAAAGAUUUACGUGAUAAAGUAGGAGGUAUAAUGCAAUUAAUAAAACCCAAGCUUAAAUACUGA